CACCACUACAGCGGCGGCCACUUUGGCCUCCUUAUUUGAAACAAGCCCAGAACCCGCUCCUCGCCUCCCCUUCCCGUUAGUUAGAAAAUAGACCCCUAGAAACUUCUCAUCUCAAAAACAAAAGGAGAGCAGAUUUAGAUAGAAACCCAUAGCCACCCUGUAGUCCGAACCGGAGGAAUCUACCCAGACCUAGGGGUCAAGUAGGGCCGUACCUUAGGAAGUAGCCGUUGCGAGGUUCGAAUCGACUGGAAUCGGGGGGAAGAGCAGAGCAAAUCAUCUGCGGAAGGGUAAGGAUUGGCGUGCAGGAUUCGGAGCGGGAGUAAUCUGAGUAAAGAUGGCUGAAGUGAGGAUUGCCAGCAGGACGGCUGUAGCCGAUCGCUCUGGCGGUGGAUUCUUCGUCAGGAGGGUGGCGUCUCCCGGAGCCGUGGUGGACAAGGGCGCCGUCAAGCCGCUUGCUCGUCGGGUCCCGUCACCGUCCAGCAACAAGGAGAACGUGCCACCAGCGUGGGCUGCGUGGGCUGCACCCAAGAGGAGGAGCUCCCUGCCCGAGUGGUACCCAAGGACCCCACUCCGUGAUAUCACAUCAGUCAUCAAGGCUGUUGAGAGGAAAAGCCGGCUGCGAGAUGCUGCGGCUCGGCAGCAGCUCCAGUGGGAUGAAGAAGACUCCUCGGAGCCUGAGGAUCCAGCACAAACAGACGAGGGUAUUCAUGGAAGCACAGCACCAACAAAUGAAACCCUGGGUGUUGGCUGGGCUAAAGUUGUUGAAACCACCGCAGCAUCAGCAACCUGCUUGGGCGAGGGCGAGAGCACCACGGUGGUGAAGGCAUCUGAUGACUGCUCCUUGCAGUCUACAUCCAGACCAAGUGGAGAAGUAGGCGUGGAGAAGCAACUGGCCAGCUCCAUAGAUGCGAUUGAGAAGAUGGUGAGCCGGAACCUCAAGCGAACUGAUCCCGAGGCUACUCGGCCUUCCAAGACCCCGGCUGUCCAGAGGCGCACCCUGAUGUCUAUGCGCUGAGCUGAUGUCUGCUGCUUUCUUAGCGGCUAGUCCUAACUAAUCAUGGUGCUCGGUUCUCUGCUUGAGGAGUGGUGUUGUGCUCAUGGUUCUCUGCUUGAGGACUUGGGGUAUGGGCGGUGGUAGCUGUGGCUCUCUGCUUGAGGGCACAUGUAGGAUUACAUCACCAGACUUGAUUGUGUUACUGUGUUUUGUCAUUCAGCUGAUCUCCUUGUUUGUUGUUCCACUGUAACUAACGGUAACUAAUAAGACGAUAGAUAUGGUGCAUCUUCUGUUGUGGAGCAAAAUAAUAUCUUGUUGGUACGUGACAUA